CAAGCACCUACCCCACCAGUAUUCAAUCGGACCCUUGUUGUUUCCAGCUCCCCUCCUCCCCUCGAGGUCCCCCCGAUCAUGUGGGACGUCACCACGUCACUCACUCACUCAAUGGACUCGAGGCCAGGCACUGCACCCGAGAUUUCCCUCUCCCUGGGUUCCCAAAGGCUCCAACUUUGCUCUUUAUAAAAUCCAUACCCGCCCUCGCGGCCCUUAGCCAGAGUAGCCCAGUCUCCGGAUACAACCCUCCCCCCUCUUCAAAGAUUCUAUAAUAAAAUUAAUAUAUGCCAACAACACCAUGACAACCCUUGUCCCACGCGCGCCCUACACGGAUGACGAGCUCCGGAAGCUCUACCCGGAAGGCCUAGAGCUGCAACUCGUGCAGGUCCUAAUGCGCCAUGGUGAACGCACUCCCGUCUCGGCUCGCUUCCAGAAUGCCGGUCUGCAACCCUGGUGGCCAUAUUGCGCCAGUGCCCGCCAGAUGCGGUCCGCCGUUCUCGCCUCGACCAACACCAAAGCCGACCAUUCCUUUGAUAGCCUAGAAUGGAAACGCCGUCUGGAAACCUUUGGUACCAAUGACGAGCCAGUCAUCGCCGGUGGCCCCAAGAGCCAGCUAGACGAUAUCUGCGACAUGGGUAGCUUGACAGAUCUCGGCCGGCAGAGCACUUACCAGCUAGGCCUGCGUCUUCGCCAACACUACGUCGAUCGCCUUGGCUUCAUCCCAUCCACCAUUCGCUCAGCCGAUUUUCUCUACCUGCGCUCUACCCCGGUCCCCCGUGCCCUAGAAUCCCUCCACCAGACAUUCUCGGCCCUGUACCCGCCCUCAGCCCGGGAGGCCGACCCAAGUGGCAGGUUUCCAGCUCCCACCAUCCUCACCCGUGUGCCGGGGGAUGAGACCUUGUACCCCAAUGAUGGCAACUGCCGCCGGUUUGCCGCAUUGUCGCGCGCCUUCGCACAGCGCGCCGCGGACAGGUGGAACAACUCGCCAGACAUGGAAUAUCUCCAGAAGCUCUACGGGAAGUGGAUGCCCCCCGACACCAAGGUCGCCGUGGACUCGCGCCCGCGGCUGUCCGGUAUUAUGGACACGGUCAACGCUACCCUCGCCCAUGGCCCGGAGACCAGGCUGCCCAGUGAGUUCUACGACGAGAAGGCGCGGGCCAUCAUGGAGAAGAUCGGCGUCGAGGAGUGGUUCGCCGGGUACAACGAGUCGAAGGAAUUCCGCAUGUUGGGCAUAGGAGGCCUGAUGGGGGACAUCGUCGGCCGGAUGGUUGGGAGCGUUGAGCAGCAGACCGGCCGGGACGGUUCGCACACGUUGCUGAAGAGGACGGGGCAGGGGAACUACAGUGAUCGAAUCCGGUUCGGCCUGAGCGGGUGCCACGACACCACACUCGCGGGCGUGCUGGCGAGCUUGGGGACAUACGACACGGACAGGUGGCCACCCUUCACGAGCCAUCUCGCGAUUGAGCUGUUCAGGGAGGCCAAGAUUCCACCCCCGGCCCAGGGACCGGCCAACAGCAGCUGGUGGAGUUCAAUUUUUGGGGCGACAGGAGCGCCGGUAAAUAUCGGGCGCCGUCCAACGACGGAGUUGACCGCGAGCGAGAAGAGCAAGCUGGAUGGGUACUACGUGCGGAUGCGCUACAACGAUGAGCCCGUCACCGUGCCGGCCUGCAAGCUACCGGGGAAUCACCUCGAGGGUGACGAGUCCUUCUGCACACUGGCCGCCUUUAAAUCCGUCGUCGACAAGUUCACUCCGACAAACUGGAAACAGCAAUGCCGUAUGAACAGGGACCAGCCCGCUUUGCCGACGGGAGAGCCCGAAUGGGCCGGCCACUAAGAGAGUUCGCCUGGAGCUAUUAGAAGAGGGUCGUGCUUACAUAUUUAACUAUCAUCAUUAGUAGAGGAUUUGAUUUGGGGGAGUGGGGGCCGACUAAUGAAAUAAUGGGUAGGUAGGCCUUGGUUACCUUUCCUUAUGGAUGGGUUGGAAAUAGCUCAGCGGAUAGCGCGCGAUUGGUAUUACUCUGGUGGAACUAGAGAAAGUCGAAGGAAUAAUGAGAGAGUCAAAGGACUCGGUAAUGACAAUCAAAACUUUCCACUCAAGAG